UUUGUCAUGUUUUUUCUCUCGUGUUUUGAAAACAUUUCUCAAUGUCAAAUCCAAAACUUUCUAGUAAUAUUUAAAUUGUUUUCCAAUUGAGUAAAAAGGUUUCUUAGACUGAAAAAGAAAUGGAUCAAGAAAAUUGUGCUUUUGUUACUUUGGCUACAAAUGACAAUUACACCCGUGGAGCUCUGGUUUUAGCCCAUUCCUUGAAACUUGUGAGAACAAAGUAUAAAUUAGUUGUUUUGGUCACACCUGGAAUUUCUGAACCUUUUAGGAAUAAAUUGCACAAAUAUUUUGACUUAGUGGAAGAUGUUAAUGUAUUGGAUAGCAAAGAUGAUAUUAGCUUGAGUUUGAUACAGCGUCCAGAGUUAGGAAUUACAUUUACAAAGCUACACUGUUGGAAAUUAACACAAUUUACAAAAUGUGUCUUUCUUGAUGCUGAUACAUUAGUGGUUAAAAAUUGCGAUGAGCUAUUUGAAAGAGAAGAGCUUUCUGCAGUACCAGAUAUAGGAUGGCCUGAUUGCUUCAACUCUGGUGUCUUUGUAUUCAAGCCUUCAAAGGAUACCUUUAAAGGUCUUAUGGAAAUGGCUGCGAAAGAUGGCAGCUUUGAUGGUGGAGAUCAAGGACUAUUAAAUUCAUACUUUAAUGAUUGGUCUACAAAAGAUAUUUCUCGACAUCUUUCAUUUAUUUAUAAUAUGAACACUAAUGCAACUUAUACCUAUUUGCCUGCUUAUAAACAGUUUGGCAAAAAUGUCAAAAUUGUCCAUUUUUUGGGAAACAAAAAGCCAUGGAUGUAUAGUUAUAAUAAACAAAGUAAGACUGUUGAGACCUCCGAUUGCGACCACGCAUAUGAACAUCUGAAACUUUGGUGGGACAUUUAUAUUCAACAUGUUGAGCCAGAUGAGCACUUGGAAUCCAUGAUCACAAAAUCUGUUUCUGAUCUGGCUUUAUCCUCUCCGGCCAGAGAAGCUUCAACAUCUAGUCCCGUAUAUGAGAGACGUGCAUCUGAUGCUGCUACAAGAUUAUAUGCAUGGGAACAUGGACAAAUAGACUACAUGGGCAGAGAUUCAUUUGAAAAUAUUAGAAAAAAGUUAGAUGAAACCAUUAAUGGUUCUGACAAAAAAUAGAUAAACUGCCAUUUUAACUUUUGAAAUAUGUUUUUGUUAACAAAGCUUUUAUGAAUUUCUCACUUGCUUUUUCUUUUCUUUCUUUUUUUUUUUUUUUUUUUUUGAACAGAGAAGGCAUUUAUGUUUGAACUUGAGACUAAACAAAAUUUCCUUGCAGUUUAUAUGCUUUUUAUUAUAUUUCAUAUGUGUUAUUUUUGUUUUUAUUUUAAUAUUUCUGGCUCUUUCUUUGUCAAUUCCAUGCAACCACAUUGAAAAUCAAAAAUUUUUUCCUGUAGCUACCUUAAGACAUCAAAGAUCUCAUUUGCUUUUUGAAUUACUGGCAACCAAAGUUUGGGUUGGAAAUCAUACCAUUGUGAAGCAUGGUAUGAAAUACAAAGUUUAGUCGUAGUAAUUAGUUGGUUGUUUAGACUUUGCGUAAGUAAGGCCUAUAGAACAACAUUUUAUGCUCUAUCCAAAUAGGCUGUCUGAAAUUUUCGUCUGAUUUUCCUGACCUUUUCAUUAUGAUGAGUCCAUGAGCAAAGUUAUUGAGAUAAUCAGAGACCAUUUUUUUUAUGUGGGACACUUCUUGUCUUGCACACAUACUCAGACUUUCUGUUUUGAAUAGCAGUAGUUUCACAAUUAUACUUGUGGAAGUGUUAUGCAAAUCUCAAGCAUUUUUAAGCUUGCGCUAACAAAAUAUAGCUUUUUUUAAUUAAAAAUUUGUUUUCUAUUAGGAAAAGCAACUUUUAAAUUGGAAAAUUCCAUUUGGAUCAUUUUAGAAAGCUGUUUUUAAAGGGACAGAAAAGUGUUGGAAUUUGAGCGUUGUUAGCAAUUAAAGCAUCCCAAAAUGACUUUUAUUAAACUGGCAUAGUUGGGGGCCAAUAACUCAAGAGUAAAUGAAAUUUUUACAAGGAAUUGUGUGUGUUUCUUUGAUGUUCUAAGGAACAAUCUUCGAGGGUGAAAGUCAUUAGUUUAUUUUAAGGUCAAGGAGAAAAAAUUUGGAAUAAUGUAUUCCUUUUUGGAGUGUGAGUAUCACCAACUAAUAGAUCAUUUCUGUUACUCAUUUAUACUUGAUGCGCCCAUUGUUUCCGUUCAUGACUGUAUUGCUCAUUAUUUUUGGGCGUGCUCAUUGUAUUCCGAAAUAACUGUGUACUGUGCCAUGCAAAUUACUCUUGCACAACAAAUAAAAUCCAUAUUUUUGAGCUCUAUUUGUAAUUAUCAGAAUUAAUAUGUUCUAUUUUGUGUUCAUGGUAUGGAUUGUGUCAUAAAUUGUAUUCCUUAAUUAUAAAUUCUACUAGUGAAAUGUGGAGGAGUUUGCAAGUAAGGUGACAUGCCAUGAGAGGAUAUUUGUUGUAGCUUGUUUUAAAGGGGGGAAAUGUUGUCUCUAGUUGAUGAUUAGGGAACAUUUUGAUAAUUUGACCAUGCUUUUUUUUUUUUUUUUUUGUUAAAAGGUUUUUACUUCAUGCAACUAUGACAAAUAGACAGUUCAUGUUGAAAACACUACUUUCUUUAAAAAAUUUCUGGGUAAAAGGCAUUAAUUUUCUUUCAAAUCAAUUGAUAUAAACUGUUCUGAGAAAAAAGCCAAAAUAUAUUAUAUAGAUGGUAUAUAAAUUCCGUAUUUUGACUUAUUUAAAUAUGUUUAUUUUCAUUUAGUUUUGUGAUUGCUUACAUUUCUUUUUUUUUCAUGAAAAGGUAAUAAAACUACUUUUCCAUGCCUUAUUAGAGCUUUUUUGUCAAUCCCACCCCCCUCCCGCACACUGUGUGGGGAGGGGGGGGGAACAAAUCUAAAUGCCGACUUGCAUUUAGAUUUGUUUUAAGUGUCUUUCUUUUAACUGCUAAGCAGAAAUAUACAUUUUUUGAUAAAAAUUACUAGUAGAUUUUAAGUUGAUACACUACAUUAUUCAUUUUGUGUAAUUAUAUAAAUCCACAGUUAAAGAGCAAAUGGUAGUUUAUUAAAAUGAAUUAUUUCUUAAAUAAUACACAAAUACUAAAUACAAUGAUGUUUACUUGUGUAACAAGUUUUUUUUUUCCACCUAGCAAUAUUUUGCAUAUUAUUUUUCAACUCUUCAGAGCUAUCUAAGCAUUCCAGAAUUUAACAGAUAAACAGUUUAUUUUCAUUAAUUUUGUAUUAUUUACAGCCAAACCAUUGUUUUUACCACUUAAUAGUAUUUUUAAGUAAUGUUUUGACUUGCUGUUUCAUAAUAUUUGCCCCUCAUUUGAGAAAUUGUUUUUGUAUAAAUUUUAUGGAUGAUUAUCUAUGACAUAUUUUAUAUAAUUGUUAAAUGUAUUUCUGUGAGCAUGAUAUGUUUUUUAGUCCUAAUACAUUCCCAUUUCAGGUUUUACUUAGAAUCUUUUUCAAAGUAUAUGUAUGCAAUGUUUUUAAUCUUUGUACUUUUGUUAAUGUCAAUUAUUCUUUGUGGUAUUUUAAACUACAUUCCUUAUUUUGAAAUGUAUUUUUUUACCAUUACUGGUUCUCCACCUUUAAUUCAAAUUUGUCUUUUCUCUUUAUUAAUUUAUCUGCUAAAUAUGAGUUUAAAACAAUUUGUAUCAAUUGUCUUUAAAAUUUCUCUCCGAUUUCAUUUGCACCAUAACUGUGUAGGAAUGGCUCAAAUAUUAAGUUAAAAAUAAGGUUUGAAAAUAUAUAUACAUUUACAUAUUUUGUAAUAUAGUUCCAAUUUGCCUUAACUGUAAUUUAAAUCAAAAUGUAUCAUUUUUAAAGAAAAGAAACUGGUUGUAUCAUAAGUUUUUAAUGAGAGUGUUUCUUGUUUCAAAGGCAUUAAAUAUUUUGUGUUACAUCUUGCAUACUGCUUCCUGUUUUCCUCUUUAAAUGCUGUUAAAAAUGUUGUAAUUGUUUUAAUAGUGAAAUAAAAUAUUUU